UGGGCUUAUUUGAGAGUUGGUCUCUCUUCAGUGUCUGUCUCCGUCUCCCAAUCCCAAAACCUCUCCGUCUCUGCUUCGUUCUAGGGUUUCUGUUACUCCUUGCUUCAAAGAUGGGAAGGGCAAAGAAGCCUCAGAAGUUUGCUGUUAUGAAGAAGACGAUAAGCCACAAAGCUCUCAAGCACUACAAGGAGGAGGUUCUGAAUCCAAACAAGAAGGACCUCACUGAACUUCCCAGAAACGUACCAAAUGUUCCAUCAGGGAUGUUCUUUUCUCACAACACUAACAUGGUUCCUCCUUACCGAGUUCUGGUGGAUACUAACUUCAUCAACUUCUCUAUCCAGAACAAGAUUGAUAUUGAGCAGGGGAUGAUGUUCUGCUUGAACGCAAAAUGCACUCCUUGUAUCACUGACUGUGUCAUGGCUGAGCUUGAGAAGUUAGGCCAGAAGUAUCGUGUCGCUCUUAGGAUUGCGAAGGAUCCUCGCUUUGAGAGACUACCUUGCGUACACAAAGGGACAUAUGCUGAUGACUGUCUCGUUGACAGAGUUACUCAGCAUAAGUGCUUCAUGGUGGCUACUUGUGAUAGAGACUUGAAGCGAAGGAUCCGAAAGGUUCCUGGUGUGCCUAUUAUGUAUUUGGCGGGGCGCAAGUACUCAGUAGAGAGGCUGCCUGAAGCAACACUUGGUAGAGCUCCAAGAUACUGAUAUUCGAACAGAGGCCCGUAUGGAUUCUGAAUUCCGAGAAGCUCUGAAGCUUGAGUUAGUGUGCUCUGAAUCAAAUGUUGUCAUGUCUUUUGAGCAAUUUUUGUUCCCUGAAUUUAAUACAUACAAAUUUAAUGAAUAACUUAAAUAAAAAUCUUUAUAGUACCUUUACCA